CUUUACUUAAACCUUUAUUCCCUUCUCUCACAUCUGUCUGUACAACCACAAUGGAGCCCCAAGAACCCAAGAAACAAUCAACCCUCGGCAGGGCCUUCUCUCGCCACUUCAAAAAGUCGGCACCCCAACCUUCAUCCGAUACGGCCGCACCUGCAGACAUAUCGGAACCUGCCCCUGUCGCAGAUGCUCAUGCGCCCGACAAUCACAUCACGUUUGACACACAGCCCACCAACGCGCCCCCACCUACAGCUGCUGCUCCCAUGCAAGGGAACAAUGGUGCUGGAGCCCCUGUUAUCAGCCAGGGCAACCCCGGCACCCAAGGUCCCUUUGUCCCACCUAACACCUCUUCGCCUGAACGGCACACUGUUUCACAUCCCGAAGCCGCUGGUCCCUCCCAGCCUAUCGCACCGGCUCAUGCCCCAGACCACAAUACCAACCGCACCGAUGCUGUGCCCCCACAGUCCCCACGUCUCGACUCAAUGCACCCGCGCGACAACACCGGUAUGUCUGACAGUAGCAACCUGAGUACCCAAGGCCACUCAAACGAGGACUUCAACCACCCCGAGGGCGGAAUCAACCCCGCAAACCUUCUCACAGACCGUCUAUGGGCAUACCAUGCUAUGAUCAAGAACUUGCAGCAGUACUUUACUGAAAUCGUGCAGGUCGAGAACGGUGCUUCCAAGGCCAUGCAAAAGGCCUCGACCACAGUCGCGGUCCCCUUCAAGGAUGAGAACCAGUUCUUGGGAAAGGGUGGACUGCAGGACGUGUGCAUCGGUAUUCGCGAAUCGGCCCACACGAGGAGCGAGCAACAUGUUGCAGCAGCACGGUUUGUUGAGGAAACAAUCGUGAAGAACAUUAGGAGGUUGAAGCAGGAGGUCAAGAAUACCAUCAAGGGAGUGAAGUCCGAUGCCAACCUCUAUGCGACCCGCGUGUUUGAUGAGCGAAGGACUUCGCAGGAGAAGAUCGGACAGCUGGCAAAGGCCAUUGGGCUCUAUGAAAAUGGAGGCUCAUUCCAGCCGGACAUGGAGAGGCCUCAUUCGGAUCCCUAUGUCAUCAACCUCGGUUUGAGGCGCCAACUUGCUCGACAGGUGCAUGAAGAAAACAUCUUUGCCCGUACACUGCAGCAAUGCCAGCAGCAAAUCCAAAUGUUCGAGAAACACAUCAUCGGCGAGAUCAAGCAAAUCCUCAGCAGCUUUGGCCAGUAUCAGGGUGGCACUGCCAGCGCAGGAUUCAGUCAAUCGUGGGCGCCCACAGAGACAGCGUUAAAUACCCUGCACGAGGAUUCCGAGUGGAAUCAUUUCUUGGAACGCAAUGGAAGCGUCCUCUUCCCCUCCGAUCUCGUCGACGCAGAUCCGGCAGAGGUGAAGUAUCCAAGCAAGGACAGCCCCUUCGUGACACCUCUCAAGGCCGCACACAUGAGCCGUCGUUCUUCAGUUCUGAAGAACUGGAAGAAUGGGUACUUUGUGUUGACGCAGGCAAGGUGGUUGCAUGUCUUCGUGUCCUCUGAUCUGAUGAACGAGCCUGUCCCCGAGAGAUCGAUCUAUAUCCCGAGAGCAGUUUUGGGACCGUAUUCCGACCCUGCAGAGAAGCAGCAUGUCUUUUCGUUGGAUGGCAAAGGCACGGGGGGAAUUCUUCAUCGCGACGCCCAGACCUUCACUAUCCGCGCAAGUUCAAGAGAAGAGAUGCUGGAAUGGUGGAACGAGCUGUCCAAGUACGCCCACUCCUCAACAUUCACUCAACCAGGCAAUGGCCAAUCCGAGGGCUCCCUGUCUCGCUCUGGGUCUCUCACGCGAUCCGGCUCAAAGGCGACUCGACCUCAAACUUCUACACAGGCGCAACAAGGUACCAUGCCGCCUUAUGCCUCCCAAGGCGAGCCGCAGAACUUUAACGAGAAUCCUGCUGCUGCUACUGCAGCCGCUCCUAUGACUAUGCCAGCGCCUGCACAAGGACAAGUCCAGGGACAAGGACAAGCGCAGAUGCCCAUGGCUACACAGCAGCCAAUUCACUACCAAAAUGAGAUGGCGCCUGCACAAGGACAAGGACAAGUUCAAGGACAAGGACAAGUCCCCGGACAAGGACAGGCGCAGAUGCCCAUGGGUACACAACAACAACCAGUUUACUAUCAAAAUGAGAUGGCGCCUGCACAAGGACAAGGACAAGUUCAAGGACAAGGACAGGCGCAAAUGCCGAUGGGUACACAGCAACCAGUCUACUAUCAAAAAGAGGCGGCGCCUACAGGAAUGUUGCAGCGUCAUAACACCGGAUCAACAGCGUCGCUGAACACGGGAGAUAUGGCUCCGCCCGCACAAAUGAAUGCACCUGGUACCGCCGCGGCGCCUUUGUAAUCUUCAUAUUAUAUCGUAUCAUAUGUCAUUCACAUCCUUGUUUUUAGUCUAUAGUGAAUAUUCUUUGGUUAUUCGGAUUGUGAUAGCGAAAAAAUAAUAAAAAUAAAAACGGG